AUGGGAAGCGUCCAGGUGCAGGACUUCGUGGCGGGCUUGGUGGGCGGAAUUGCCAGUGUGGUUGCAGGCCAUCCCCUGGACACGGUCAAGACUCGUUUGCAAGCUGGACAAGGAUAUGGAAAUACAUUCAAGUGUGUUCUCACUGUGUACAGAAAUGAGUCUCUGACCGGCUUCUUCAAGGGCAUGUCCUUCCCACUGGCCAGUAUCGGCAUCUACAGCUCCGUGGUGUUCGGUGUCUUCAGCAACACACAGCGGUUCCUCAGCCAGCUCCGCCACGGGGACCCGGCCGCCGCGCCGUCGCUCACCGACAUGACUCUGGCCAGCAUCGUGGCAGGGGUCAUCUCUGUGGGCAUUGGCACUCCCGUGGAACUGGUCAAGAUAAGGCUACAGAUGCAAACACAGCCAUACAACAAAGCAAAUGUUAAACUAAAUUCCACAGCUCCCGGAUCUCCUGUGUACCGAGGCCCAAUUCACUGCCUAAGGACAAUCAUACAGAAAGAGGGGAUAGCAGGAGUAUACCGAGGCAACGUAGCAAUGCUCCUGAGGGAUGUUCCUGGGUACUGCGCCUAUUUCAUCCCGUACGCGAUGUUCUGUGACUGGAUAACUCCUGAUGGAAGCAUUGCUCCUAAUCCCUUCUCUAUCUGGGUGGCAGGGGGUGUAGCAGGAGCUGUUUCCUGGGCAGUAUGUACUCCAAUGGAUGUUGUGAAAAGUCGACUUCAGGCAGAUGGAGUUUACUUAAACCAGUACAAAGGGACCCUUGACUGCAUGUUGCAGAGCUACCAGAACGAGGGCUUAAAAGUCUUUUGUAGGGGCCUCAUGGUCAAUACACUGCGAGGAUUCCCAUCAAGUGCAGCCAUGUUUCUUGGCUAUGAACUUUCUCUCAAAGCAAUGAAAAGAUGCCAAACUGAGACCAAUCCCUAA